AAAUUUGGGUGGGAAAGUGUCCUUCUCCUACUAAAAAAUUAGAAACUUCUAUCAACAAUCAAAUCAAAACUUAUGAUGGGAAAUAAUCUCAAAUUCUGUUAGUAAUUGUUUUUCUAAAAAACCUUCCCUGCUUUGGGCAAAAUUUCUAAUUUAUCAAUGUUGAUCUGUAAGUCAUCCGAAUGAUUCAUCAAUGCGUGAUCGGUUUCUUUUGAGUUUGAUUGCUUUGUUCUAAUUAGUUUCUUGUUUUUUUUUUCGAGAAAUGAAACCCUAGACUAAUUUGAUUUCUAGUUCUUCUGGGGAGAUUCAUAGGUAAGGUUAUUGGAAAAUGAAGGUGUUAAAUGGGUUGUAUAGUUCGAGAAACCUCAAGUUUCGUGGGGUUUUUAAUGGAAUCUGUAGCUUGGUUUUGUUUUUCUUGUUUUACAACCACUUAGAUGUGAUGAAAAACCCAAUUUUAAGGCAAUCUUCAUCGUUUAUUGCUCAUAGUAUGACUCGAAACCCUGUCAUGAACAAUGGGUUGAAUCGGUUUUCGGUAAUUCAUUGGAAAACAAUAAAAAUCAAUGACAAUUCAUUAAGUUUAGCUAACAAAUUGACUGCAGGCGAUCCUGCUUCGUGUACUGGAUUGAUUGAUCAUAAGGGUUUUGCUAACAAGUGUGAGUUCUUGAAAGUGAACCCGACAUGUUCAUCAGAAGGGUUCUUUGAUUACAUUAAGUUUUUGUAUUGUGUUUGUGGAGGAUUUACUCUUUUUGGUUAUACAGUAUUGCUUAUUUGGUUGGUUGUAUUGUUUUAUCUCUUGGGUAACACUGCGGCAGAUUAUUUUUGUUGUUCAUUGGAGAAGCUUUCAAGUUUGCUGAGGCUACCUCCAACUGUUGCUGGAGUUACGCUCCUUCCUCUUGGCAAUGGAGCGCCGGAUGUUUUUGCAAGUAUAGCUGCUUUUAUGGGGACUAACACUGGUAAAGUUGGACUUAACAGUGUGUUGGGUGGUGCAGUGUUUGUUACUUCUAUUGUUGUCGGGACUGUUUCACUGUGUGUUGCAGAGAAGGGAGUUCAGAUUGAUAGGAAAUGUUUUAUCAGGGAUGUUGGUUUCUUUCUCUUUACACUUGUGUGCUUGUUGAUGAUUCUAGUUCUCGGAAAAGUGAGUAUUGGAGUGGCUCUUACAUUUGUGUCAGUCUAUGUGGUUUAUGCAUUUUCGGUAGCUGCAAAUGAGAUUUUGAGGAAACAUGCACAGCAGUUGAAAUUGGAUGUUGUUACUCCCCUUCUUCCUGUCAGAGGACAUGUAUUCUCUCAAGGAGGAGAAGAGGUUUUUUCAGUCUACAAUUCUUUGCUUGACCUUGAUAUGGAAGAUGAUCCACCAAAACUCCACCCCUCCUUACCUCAGUGGAUGUGGGUUUCAAAUGUGGCAAUAUAUUUGAACCAUUAUUUGAGAGCCGGUGAGUUUGAUAAUGAAAAACCAUGGGGCUGGACUGUUGAGGCAACUCAAAACAGCCAUUCAUCUUGUUCAAGGUCGAAAAUAACUUCAUUGUUGGAGUUGCCAUUGACAGUGCCAAGACGUUUAACAAUUCCAUCAGUUGAGGAGGAAAUGUGGUCAAAGCCAUAUGCUGUUGCCAGUGCUUUUUUGGCACCGAUUCUCCUGGCAUUUCUGUGGAGUAAUGGAGACAAUUCAAGUUCUCAAAUGGUUGCAUAUUUUAUUGGUGGUGCUAUUGGUUGUUCACUUGGUGCACUUGCUUAUCUUUUCACUGUAUCAGAUCACCCACCUCAGAAUUACUUAAUUUUCUGGGUUCUAGGUGGAUUUGUUAUGAGUAUUGUGUGGUUUUACAUGAUUGCCAACGAGAUUGUUGCGUUGCUGGUGGCAUUUGGUAUGAUCUUUGGAAUCAAUCCCUCCAUCCUUGGUUUAACUGUAUUGGCAUGGGGUAACUCAAUGGGUGAUUUGGUGUCAAAUGUUGUGCUGGCGAUGAAUGGUGGCGAUGGUGUACAGAUUGCUUUUUCUGGAUGCUAUGCGGGUCCUAUGUUCAACACACUUGUUGGAUUGGGUAUAUCAAUGCUACUUGGAGCCUGGUCAAACAAACCAGCCUCAUAUGUGAUCCCCCAGGACCAGAGCUUGUUUUACGCAAUGGCAUUCCUCAUGUCUGGACUAAUGUGGGCACUUCUUGUUUUACCUCUGAAUGACAUGCGCCCAAGUAAAUUGUUGGGAGCAGGCCUUAUUACCCUCUAUCUGAUAUUUCUUUCUCUCAGGAUACUUGGGGCUUCGGGAUUAAUAUCAGUGGCUAGUUUGAAUUGACCUUCUCUCUUGAUCAAGUAAAUAGGCAUGGAGAAUGUAAGAUGCGAGACAUGAGUCUCAAAAUCGAUUCCCUGAUCAGUACGCAUUUCUAACAAGGCAAUGAUGUUGCAUUAGCAGAAAAAGAUAUUGCUGUAACUGAAGGCAUAUAUUGUAUAUGUACAUUUUAAUGGGUAAUAAUAUCUGGAGGUAUCGAAUUAUUA